AAAUGUUUAUUAGUGCACGAAUAUAAUGCAAUUGGAAUUGAUUGAUCAAUGUUCCGGCUAGAUAUGAUCAUGUACAACCAGAUAAAAAAAAAAAUCCAUCAGUAACUUUUCAGUGCUUAAAAAAGCAAUGCCAUUAGCGUUUGUCUCACACCAUUUCUCUCCCAAUCCCCCAUUCUCUCACCCUCUUGAAGCUUGGCAGACCCCACCACCUAGAAGAGUUGCAAGGGAAAGAAAUGGAACUUCCCUUUUUCCCUGCCCUUUUCUCAACUGUUAAAAGCUUGGUUGUGAAACAACCCUUUUUCCCAACCUUGGAGGAUUGGUUAGUGAAUCAUCCGAAAAUCCUAGAGUUUUCAUGGAUUAAUGGCCAAACUCCAGCCUCCUCUCAACGCUUCCUUACCCUCACUGUAUUCUCUUACAUAUCCUUCACGUUCAUUCUCUCCCAAGUAUCUCGACCUUUCCUUGCACGUCCAGUCCUGAAAUCUAUCUCAGCCGUCCACAACAUAUUCCUCCUCACCCUAUCUUUCAUCAUGGCCCUUGGAUGCCUCGUUUCAAUCUUUUCACAGGUGCCAAACUUCAACACCCUCGUUUGCUUCCCUAAGCGCACAUCACCAUCGGGACCUCUCUUUUUCUGGGCCUAUAUAUUCUACCUGUCAAAGAUUGUUGAAUUCAUGGAUACCCUUUUGAUCAUCCUCGGCAACUCCAUGAAAAGGCUAUCGUUUCUUCACGUAUACCAUCACUUUAUGGUCGUGAUCAUGUGUUACUUGUGCUUAGACAGUGUUCAAUCUUCCUUCUCGAUGGUGUUGGUUACCAACUGCAUAGUGCAUGUUGUAAUGUAUACUUACUACUUGAUGUGCACCCUGGGAAUGCGCCCAAAAUGGAAGAAAAUGGUUACAGAUUUCCAACUUUUGCAGUUCUGGGCAAGCUUUUUGAUCAUGGCUAUGCUUGUCUUCUACCAUUUCACUGGGUCUGGGUGCUCUGGGAUUUUGAGUUGGUGCUUCAAUGCUGUCUUCAUCGUUUCUCUUUUGUUCUUGUUCUCAGACUUCCAUGCUAAGAGUUACUCUCCCAAGGUCAAGGGUAACUAAAUUAAUUUAGGUGUACAUUUCUUUUCCAUUUUUAUACUUAAUCUUUGAGGGUGAUGAUUCAGUUCAAGAAAAAACAAAUAUGCACAUUGCCAAAGGUGCACUGUCACAAUUGUUCACCAUGUAUCUUCUUUUCUUCUGAAUAAUUGUUCAGUACCAUGUAUCUUAAUUUCAAUUCAAGAGUUUGAAUAUUAUUAAUUAUUACUAAUUAAACUUGGGAAAUAUUAUUAGAUCAUAUGCUUUAAGUCAUGAUUAAACAUUGCAUGUUCAUGUUCAUGUUCAUUUUCAUUAUCACAAGCAAUUCUUGUGUUAGCCAUAUAUGUGAUUAAACAGUACUGCAAAUGCAUGUUCAAUGCUCAUAUAUGAAAGGAAACGGAAAAAUAUUGCAAAAUGAAAAUCGAAUAUUUGUCAAGAUACUCCGCCUGACGAGAAAAGCUGGAAAUGUCGUUGGUGUUGCACUUACCAUUAAAUAUGGUA